AACGACAUCUCUUCAUAAAUUGAGCCAAAAUAUAUGAACGUAAGUGUAAGAUGAUUAAUGUUUUUGGCAGAACGCGCGCAAAUCACAAAAGCAAGAAAACCUAAACAUUUAUCGUUACGGAAAUUUUAUUUCGAGUCAUGAUUGGAUUUGCAGGUUAAACAUGUUUACCACAUGGGUCUCUUAUCUCAGGACCACUCUUCUGCUUCUCCUUAUUUCCGCUGUUGUUGCCGCUGUCUUAACUCUCCCUAUUGAAAAGAUUUUGAAGGAUUUCUUGGUAUGGGUUGAACGCGAUCUUGGGCCAUGGGGUCCGCUUGCUUUGGCAAUUGCUUACAUUCCUUUGACUAUAUUGGCAGUUCCUGCAUCUGUACUUACACUUGGUGGUGGUUAUCUAUUUGGCCUUCCAAUUGGCAUUGUUGCUGACUCUGUUGGUGCAACCAUUGGUGCUGUGGCUGCAUUUCUUCUUGGUAGAACAAUCGGGAAAUCUUUUGUUGCUUCAAUGUUGAAGGAUUAUCCACAGUUUAGAUCAGUGUCAGUUGCAGUUCAGAGAUCUGGCUUUAAGAUUGUGUUUCUGCUUCGGCUUGUUCCAUUACUACCAUUUAACAUGUUAAACUACCUCCUAUCUGUGACUCCAGUUCCAUUAGGGGAAUACGCGCUGGCAUCCUGGUUAGGAAUGAUGCCAAUAACAGUGGCGCUUGUGUAUGCUGGAACAACGCUCAAAGAUCUAUCUGAUGUGACACAUGGUUGGGGAGAAUUCUCAAAAUCUCGUUGGGCGAUGAUAAUUUUUAGUCUAGUGAUAUCUGUGGUUCUGAUGAUUUGUGUUACAAAAAUUGCGAAGUCGGCUUUGGAUAAAGCCUUGGCUGAAUGUGAAGAAGAUAUGGAGGGCACUAUAUCUUCCGCGGAGCCAUCCACUGUGACCGAACCUUCAGUAGAUCACAAUCAGCCUCGAGAUCUCGAUCAGCCUCUCAUGAAUAAAAUAGACCAGGAUCAAGACAAUCAUCAGAAAUAAACUGCUCAGCGUGUAAAUUCUUUCUACGCCUCCGCCUUCUAAUCAUACAAUAUGUAGAUGAUGGUAUUAAAUAUGUCUAACAGAAGAAAAGUUCAUAAUAUGAAAUAUUUCAGAUUCUUUCUGUUGGUUUUUA